AUGGCGAACUUGAGGCAUUUUCUCAAAAACUAUUCCCCGAACGAGCCAAUAGCGUUUGGCCAUCAAUACUCAAAAAGUAAAAUAAACUACCAUAGCGGUGGAGCCGGAUACGUACUCAGUAAAAUGGCUGUGGCGAGGCAAGUUAAACAGGUUACAGAAACCAUAAUAGGAAGAUUCGGAUUCAACUACAACCCUGCUUGCGAUGAAAAGGUCUCAGCUGAAGAUAUCUACGUGGGAAAAUGCCUCAUGGCAUUGAAUGCGUCUAUAAUCGAUGGCUCUGAUGAAAACGGCUCUUAC